GCGGCGGCGGAGAUAAAGGCUCGCGCGGCCAUGGAGCUCGCGAUGGAGAACAUCGGCAACCUGCACGGCGCGUCCCACCCGCAGACGGGCGACCUGAUGAGCUCCCCGCACGGGCGCCAGUCCUCGCCGCACCGCAACCUGGUGUCCCACGCGCGCCCGUCCAUGGUCUCGAGCAUGGCGUCCAUCCUGGAGGGCGCCGGCGGGGACUACCGGGCGGACCACGCGCUCUCCGGCCACCUGCACUCGGCCAUGACCGGCAUGUCGUGCGAGUCCGGCAUGAGCCUGAGCAGCACGUACGCGACGCUGACCCCCCUGCAGCACCUGCCCCCCAUCUCGACCGUGUCCGACAAGUUCCAUCACCACCACCACCACCCGCACCCGCACCCGCACCCGCACGCGCACCACCACGCGCACCACCACGCGGCGCACCAGCGCCUGUCCACGGCGGGCAACGUGAGCGGCAGCUUCACCCUCAUGCGCGACGACAGGGGACUCGCACCCAUGACCAACCUGUACGGCCCCUACCCCAAGGACAUGUCCGGCGUGGGCCAGCCGCUGUCGCCGCUCUCCAACGGCCUGGGCUCCCUGCACGGCUCCCAGCAGAGCCUGUCCGCGUACGGGCCCGGCGCGCACCUCCCCGGCGACAAGAUGCUCUCCCCGCCGGGCGGGUUCGAGUCCCACGCCGCCAUGCUGUCGCGCAGCGAGGAGCACCUGGCGCGCGGCCUCGGCGGGCACGGCCCCGCCGUGAUGUCCGGCCUGAACGGCAUGCACCCCCACGGCCACGGCCACCUGCACUCGCAGGCCGGCGGCGGGGGGAUGCUGGCGGAGCGCGAGAGGCAGCAGCAGGGGCACGCGGGCGCGGGCGCUGGCCCGGCGGCGGAGGAGAUCAACACGAAGGAGGUGGCGCAGCGCGUCACGGCCGAGCUGAAGCGCUACAGUAUCCCGCAGGCCAUCUUCGCGCAGCGGAUCCUGUGCCGCUCGCAGGGCACCUUGUCCGACCUGCUGCGGAACCCCAAACCCUGGAGUAAACUGAAAUCGGGGCGCGAGACCUUCCGCCGGAUGUGGAAGUGGCUGCAGGAGCCCGAGUUCCAGCGCAUGUCGGCGCUCAGGCUGGCAGCCUGCAAGCGGAAGGAGCAGGAGCAGCACAAGGAGCGCGCGCUGGCGCCCAAGAAGCAGCGGCUCGUCUUCACGGACCUGCAGCGGCGGACGCUCAUCGCCAUCUUCAAGGAGAACAAACGUCCCUCCAAGGAGAUGCAGGUGACCAUCUCACAGCAGCUGGGUCUCGAGCUCAACACCGUCAGCAACUUCUUCAUGAACGCGCGGCGUCGCUGCGUCGACCGCUGGCAGGAGGAGCACGGCGCGAGCCCCGCCCAGCCGGGCACGUCGGCCACCUCCUUCUCCAAGGCCUGA